AUGGAGGAACAAACCCCAGCGGCAACCACAACCAACACCUCGGCGGAAUCAAAGGACAGGAAUCCCAAACUGCGAGCCUACCUCACAGCCAAGGGCUUCCUGUCCCACGACGCUGACCGCCACGUGGCCAAAGGAAUCCCGGGGGAGGAACAGCUAUCUUGGUUCACAGGAGAGUUGUGCACCGCCAAGUCCACCGCUGCUACUAAUGACCUCGAGUCCACCGGCAUUGCCGUCAAUGCUAGUGGCUCCGAGGUAAUGUGUGUGUUCGCAGCUUACUCCGCGCCGUCUGCUGUUACUCCGCCCCUGACGAGCUUGACAUCUUGCUCGGCAGCGGGAACACUGACAGAGACCUGGAACUCAUACCUUUCUAGUCUUGAGCUAGAGGAUGGCAGUGCCUGGAAGACUGCAAAAAUCCUGAGGAGCGAGAAAUCCACGCACCAGCCCCUGCACGGUCAACAAGGACUUGUUUACUCUGCUACUGACAAGGCCGAAGCUUUUGCAGAUACGAUGGAGGAGCAAUUCAGCCCGAAUGCGGAUAUAUAUGACGACGACCACUGCGAACACUGUUCAACGACGCUAUUCGACUACAACACUUUCCCACCAGCUGGAAGGUCGCUAAAGUCAUCCUUAUUCCCAAAGCCCGGGAAAUCCAGACUUAUUCCCACAAAAAACUUCCGCCCCAUCUCACUCCUUUCGUCCAUCUCAAAAAUUUUUGAGAGACUCCUCCUAUCCCGCAUUGCUCCUUUCCUGGACGGCUUUAUCCGACCUGAACAGUUUGGCUUCAGUGCGCGCGACCACUCGACAACCCAACAGCUGUGUUCCUGGACGUCAGCAAAGCAUUUGACAAGGUCUGGCAUGAGGGCACUGCUCUACAAGCUGGCCAAAAAACUCACCGGUGGCCACCCCCUGCAUAACAACACCUCAUCCGGUUCCUAUCUGACUGGCCGCUCAUUCCGCAUUUGUGUGGAUGGAGAGCUGUCCUCAGAGAGAGCGAUCGAAGCAGGCGUCCCCCAGGGCAGCGUCCUGGGACCAGUGCUGUACCUCGUUUACACUAAUGACAUGCCACUGGUCCCCAGACUUGGUGGUCAAACUGCAGCCGCUCAAACCGAAAAGCCCUGGAAAACCAUCCAAUCCAAGGCCUCCGCUCCAUCACUCGCCAACCAUGGUUCGUCCGCAACGAUAACAAUAAGGAAUUCGUUACAGAUCCCAACUCUAGACGUCUUCGCGAGGAUAACUUCAGGAAAAAUUCUUCAAGGCAGUUGCCGCAUCGGAACAUCCCCAACAUCGACAGCCAUCGCAGAGCUGUACGCCGGACCAGACGGACUACACAGACGGACGUCCGGCCACACAAUUCUGGACGACCCUCCGUAA